AUGUUUUUAGCCUCUGAUUGGUCACCCGAUACUUCCUGGUCCUGGAGCGUGUUGUUGAAACAGCAAGUUGAUUAAGAAUAAUCGUUCGUUAAUUUGAAUCACAUUUCUAUCUUGUGAGAAGUAAAUACAUCGAUCAUGAAUGAUCGUGAACUUGAUCUAACCGCGUCUCAGAAAGAAAUCAAGGCUAAAUAUCCGGCGAUCAACAAGAAGUAUGAAUAGAACCAACCAAAGGUAAAGAUCUCAAUCCACGAGUCAAUAUUGCGAUUUUUCUUUAGAUUUGGACCACACCGCGGAUGUACAAAUCCACUCCUGGGGCGCGUCUCUGGAGGAGGCUUUUGAGCAGUGUGCUAUGGGCAUGUUUGGGUACAUGACAGACACAGAGACGGUGGAACCCAUUGAUACAGUUGAAGUAGAAUCAGAAGGUGAUGAUAUGGAAUCACUUCUAUUCCAUUUUUUAGAUGAUUGGCUGUUCAAAUUCAGUGCUGAUCUCUUCUUCAUUCCCAGAGAGGUGAAGGUGUUGCACAUUGACAGAAUGCAGUUCAGGAUCCGGUCCAUUGGUUGGGGAGAAGAGUUCAGUCUACUAAAACACCCUCAGGGGACUGAGGUAAAAGCAAUAACUUACUCAGCCAUGCAGAUCCAUGAUAAGGAAAAGGCAGAGAUCUUUACCAUUAUUGACAUCUGAGGACAUUUCAUCAGAUAAUCACUGCCCUGAGGACGUGUGGGUGUGUUGAAACAUAAUACAUUGUGGUGUGUGGAAACUUGAUAAGUUAGAUCUGAGGGAAUUGAGAACUUGUGAUGAACAGUUGGUCAUAUUUUUACAGAAGUUGAGCUAACUUAAUUUUAAUUGUCA